CUGAAAUUGCCGCUUGGUCGGCAAUUUUCAAACAACCUCCGAUCGGUGUGGUUCAUUUGUUCGUUGCGCGUUUCGUUUGUUCGAAAACGUUCAAUGAUUUAGUGAAAAUAAACAUUUAUUGUAUUGUUGUUAGUUUUAGUGUGAAAUCAAUCGAUUUUAAACUGUGUUGUUUCUUUAUUGUAAAUUUUGUUCGUUUUAACUCUAUUAUUUCAUUAUUGUCAGUGUGAACUCUCUGGAUAUUGAGGAUACUUUACCUCUUCGGAUUGUGUCAGUUGAACGAUCCCAAAAGAAGAUAACAGAUAUGCCAAGCAGCGACGAAUACGCCAUUUACACUCAAAGUGUAGGCGGCCAAAGAAUCUCAACAAUCAGCGUCGGUACAAACAACAAAUUCAACAUGACCAAUAGGUUCUCGCAAAAAUACGACAGCUGUUCCAUGUUGAUUUCUGGCGGUACAGUCGGUAGAAGGAGAUUAUCUUCGACCGGCGAAGGAAGCGGAGAUUCGAGCACAACGACGUCUGGAAGUAGUAGUUACGGGGAAAGGGAAGAUGGCAGUGAAGGAAGCAAAGAAACCGACGAGUUAGAAGAGAAAGACGAAGAAGAAGAAGCACCAACACUUGACGGGAAAGUCACUGAAACUGAAAAGCAACAAGUUGAAACAUUUUUCAGAGGAUUAAAAACAGAGGUUUUUGUAAGUGGAUCGUUAGCAAAUCUAUACACAAAAACAUCAUCAACCCCGGAUUGGGAUUUAAAAUACACCGGAAUUCCGGUGGUUCUUUUAGAUCAUGGGGAAGCUCGAGCAAGAGACAAACGUCGAAUUCAGAUUAUGUUAGCUGAAAGAGGAACGUGUUUUAUGCUUUGGAAAGAUACAAUAGAUAAUUUAACAUCGUAUAAAGUUGCUGGAAACGCGUUCCAUACUAUGUGUUAUUCCAUUGAUCAUUCCCUUCAAAUAGGAUUAAGUUUCGAUAAUGCACACGCCGCUCAAGAGAUGUGGAAUCACAUAGAGAAGUUGGUUUCUUGUCCUGAAAAUAUUCAGUUAUCGAUGCCGGGUAAAAAGAAGAAAAAGAAAGAUAAAAAACCAUCGAAACCAGCUCCGUUACCGCCAAAGAGUCAUAUUUCCCAACCUUGCUGCUUUCAACAUGUCACUAGAGUGGAUCAAGAAGAUCAUGAUAGGUUCUUUUCUUUAAAAGAAUUUGUGCCGAAAUCGUCGUUUGGAAGUCAACGAUUAUAAUCUGAAAAUCGAUUAUAAUAGUGGGUGUUUUUAGUGAACUUAUAAACUAUAUAAAAUAUGACUGAUGACUGAUUUUUAUUAUAUUUUAUUAGACUUAUUAGUAGAUUUGUUUUAGAAGUACUAAAACAAAUCUAUUAUUAGUUAUGACAAGCAAUUUUCGUUCUUAUCACGUAGAAAAUAAGGAGCAAAUUAAAAUAUGUGUAUUUAUAUCGUAAA